AAGAAUAAAACACACCGUUUGGUUCCGUAAAGGCUUCAAGCCUUCGCUCUCUUCUCGGUAUCUCACGGUUUCUAUUUUCUAAGGCUCUCUUUUUUUGUAUAUCUCGCAACUGGGAUCGUCGACUUUAUCUCUCAAUUCCUGUUACUAAUUUUAUUUUUCGUCUCUAUCGGUAAGCCCUAGCCACUCUUAAUUCUCUUAAUUGCGUCGGGAGAUCGAAAAGAAAUCCGUGCAUCGCUCGAUUUUUCACCAAUAUUUCUAGGGUUUAUUCUCUUCAUCUUUUGCUUUAAUUUCUACAAUUAUUUCCCCCUAAAAUUUUCGAGCUACAUACCGCGAAUCGAGAAUCUGAUACUUUUUUGUUUGGUUAUUUAAGUUUGCUUUACUGCUUUUAUUUUAUUGGUUAAUUUCGUAUUGGUUAUUACCCUAGAAUCUGGGGUUAAAUUCUCUAUCUCUCUCUCGAUUUGGGCCUGAACGUGGUUACCUCAAGGGUUUAGGGUUUAUAAGUAAACAAAAUAGCGGGAAUUUAUUGAAUUGGGAAUUAGGUGUUUUUGAAAUUUCUACAUGGCUGCUGGGAGACAUGGGGGAUAUAGUGAUUCCAAGUUUAGAGACAGAGACUCUGAUUUUGAGAUGACAAGGCAGGAAUUUCCUAAUUCUAGGGAGUAUGAGUUAUCUAGGAAUGGUAGCCGUGAUGUUGCAAGGGCUCGAUUAUGGGAAGCUAGAGAUAGAGCUAGGGCUAGACAGAAAGAUAUUAAAGAGAGGGACGUGAUAAAUGGUGGGUAUCGUUCCUCUUCGAGUAGAAGUGAUUCUGGUGGUAAUAGUAGUGGUGGUGGUAGUCAUGGCCUCAGGCGACGUGAAUUCUCUCUUAGGGUGGUAGACAAGGAGCCUGGUGAAUUGUCUAGUGAGAGUGGAUCAGAGGAUGCCAUUGAGUCUGAGUCGGUGGUUAAAGAUAGUGAGGUUGAGAAGGUAAUGGAGAAUGGGGCUUUAUCUCCUGUGGGGAGGAAGAGGAAGUUUUCACCUAUUGUGUGGGAUAGAAGUGACAAGGAUGUAAGUAUGUCCAAAAGUAAGAAUUCACCUGUAGUUUCAGUCGUUCAUCAUCCACCACCACGGCCAAAAGCUUACCACAAGUCACCUAACAGCAUAUCUGGUAAGGCUGUACAGACAUCUUUUGUUAUAGAAAAUAAAAGCCAGAAACCACAUUCUCCUUCACCAGUUCUAGCUGAUGGACCUGUUGGAUACUCUGCACUGCAGUCUCCAGAGGAUUUGGAUUUUUCACCACCAAAGGAGCAUGUUAAUUUUCAGGAUGCUAGGCAUCUAGAAGAUGAGGAUUAUGUGCCGGCUCGACAUAUAUCUUCCUCUAGAUGGGCAGCAGGUGAUAACUCUCCAGGUGACGAGGGUGAAAUUUUAGAAGAUGAGGAAAUCCCUAAAAGGAGAAAAAAGUUGCCCCUUUUAGAAUUAUCUCACAACAGAUUACGGAAUAAGUCAGCUACUCCAGAGCUUGGGGAACUGAAGAGGGAGGGCUCUGAGGGAAUUAGAGCCAGAUCAUCUGAAUCUGAUGAACAAGGUGCUCGUUCCAAGUCCAGAAGUGGGGAUGAUUACCCUGGUAAUGAUUCAGAGAAUGAUGACUUGAUGGUGAUUGACAUUAAACGUGAUAGAAAUGACGGCAGUCUUAGCCAGUCUGAUACAGAAUCUGAGAAUGAGACUAAUUCACGUGGGACACCUGAACCUUCAGCUCCUCCUUUAAGAAGUGUAAACAUGCUUCAGGGAUGCAGAAAUGUUGACGAAUUUGAGAGGCUAAACAAGAUAGAUGAAGGUACUUAUGGUGUUGUAUAUAGAGCUAAGGACAAGAAAACUGGGGAAAUUGUGGCGUUGAAGAAGGUAAAGAUGGAGAAAGAAAGAGAAGGUUUUCCUUUGACCUCUCUGAGGGAAAUAAAUAUUCUUCUUUCAUUUCAUCAUCCAUCAAUUGUAGAUGUUAAAGAAGUAGUUGUAGGGAGUAACCUUGAUAGCAUUUUUAUGGUGAUGGAAUACAUGGAACAUGAUCUGAAAGGGCUGAUGGAGACGAUGAAACAACCGUUUAGCCAAAGUGAAGUUAAAUGCCUGAUGCUUCAGCUGCUGGAGGGUGUCAAGUAUCUUCAUGAUAACUGGGUUCUCCAUCGGGACUUGAAGACAUCUAAUCUUCUUUUAAAUAACCAAGGUGAAUUGAAGAUUUGUGAUUUUGGGUUGGCUCGUCAAUAUGGAAGCCCAUUAAAACCAUAUACUCAUUUGGUUGUUACUCUUUGGUACAGGGCCCCUGAACUUCUUUUGGGAGCAAGACAAUAUUCCACUGCAAUUGACAUGUGGUCUUUGGGUUGUAUUAUGGCUGAACUACUAUCAAAAGAACCACUUUUCAACGGGAAAACUGAAUUUGAUCAACUUGACAAGAUUUUCAGAACUCUUGGCACGCCAAAUGAGACAAUAUGGCCUGGUUUUUCUAUGUUGCCUGGAGUCAAGGUCAAUUUUGUCAAGCAUCAGUAUAAUCUAUUGCGCAAGAAAUUUCCAGCAACAUCAUUCACAGGAACACCUGUUCUCUCUGAUGCAGGAUUUGACUUACUGAAUAAACUUCUAACUUAUGACCCUGAGAAGCGUAUUACAGCUGAAGCUGCUCUAAACCAUGAGUGGUUUCGCGAAGUUCCUCUUCCCAAGACCAAAGCUUUCAUGCCCACUUUCCCUGCUCAGCAUGCUCAAGACAGGCGCAUGAGAAGAAUGUUGAAGAGUCCAGAUCCUUUGGAAGAGCAAUGUAGAAAGGAGUUGCAGCAAGGGGAAUUUGGGACUGGUGGUUUGUUUUGCUGAGAGAAAGUUCAUCCAUCAGUGCCAUUUAAUGUUCAUGUUUUAGUUUUUCACAUUAUUGUUAAAUGGCCUUAAUUGAGGUGAGGGACUUGCAUUCAACGAAGUUGCAACCUUUGCUUGUUGAUUUGGUCGGAGAUAGUGUUUGCCUCUUCAUGUGAACCAGAUGUUUCGCAGGUUAAUUUGUUUUCCAGCUUUGAUCUUGAUAUAGAAAUGCAUCUGACACCGCUGGUAUUGCAAGGUGUGGCAUAUCAGCCUUUCUUCUUUUAGAAAUCAGUUUCAGCUGAAACUUGUGUAACAUAUUUUUAUUAGAACAAUGAUGUAAACUCUCCCUUUAUAGCUAGUUUUGAAUAUUAAAAUAAUAUUGGAUUUCUUCCCACUCUUUUCCAUGUUUUAAUAUUUACAUUGUGUUUGCAAGAGACGGUUGGUGUGGAGGGGACGUUCUUUGCUUUUCAUUGACGAAGAUAUUGAUAGUAACCAUUGUACGCCAAAGGUAAUUUAUUAAUCCAGUAUCUCUGGAAUGGCUUUAUGGGGUUAGUUAUAUUGUCCAUCCUUGAGGGAUUUCCUCUGCAGUACACAAGAAAGUGGUGCCGUCUUAUUUAUAUUAUUGGUUUUUAUUUUUCUCAUUUUCAUAUGGAGUUCUUAUUUGUAACUUUAUUGGGGAUGCUGUAGGGGGUUCCCAUGAUAAAAAAUUGCCGCUUGGAUAAUGUUCAUGUUUAUGGUUUCAUAGAAUACUAUUUUCUCGAGUUGGGAAGAAAAUUUUAGUAGCUGAGAUGUGCAAAUGAUUCCUCUCUUCCCUAUGGACUUGUUCAAGAUUUGUUAUUUUGUGCUUGUGUUUGCUUUUCGUUUGGAAAAAAGUGUAUUAAACUCUAUUUAUUGUUGUCAAAGGAGUUGGCUUCUGUACUAUUUUUCAUAAGUUUUUAAUUUCAUUAUUCAUGUGUUGAUUUGUCAACCCAGUUUUACAGUUCAAUUGACUCUAGUAACUGUCUAUGACUGGACAACUUAUCAGAGGAAGGUAUCUAUUGCUAAUAAAGUAAAAGAACAUAUAGUUUUUUUCCCGUUAUCUGAUUAUACCAAACGGUAGAGCUUGUGCUGUUCCAUGGAUGAACAAUUUGAUCUGUUUUGAUGCUUAAGUUGGCCUUUGUUUUUCUGGGGAAAAAAAUGAUGCUUAUUCCCUCUAACCACAGCCACAGAAAAUAAAAUGAACGGAAUAAUAGAAGGAAAUGAGUUAUGGCAGGGAUGCUGAUUUCAUUCAAUUUACGCUUUUGUAAGUAAUUUGAGUUCAGCAAGGUUAAGCAGUGAUGCUAGGUCCAUGAGUUAAAGAGAUUGGUUAAUUUUUUUAGUAUUGCUAAUUUUGAACUCGAUGAUUUUUAGCCUUUAGUUGACUUUCUUAUAUAUAUCAACUCCACUAUUUUUACUUCGUUGAUUCUAUUAUACCUGUUGAAUGCAAAUUGUUCAGCUAUUGACACAUCCCCUAGAGAUGUGAAAGUUAAUGCAUAAUUUUCUAUUUCCAUUUUAUUAUGUUUCAAUUAUGGUCUGAGAGAUUCAAGCUGUAAUUAGCUCUGGAAUAGUUUAUGACAUAUCUGCGAAUGUCACUGCAGUCUCAAAGCAAGCAGGUUGAGGAGGUUACCUUCGUAUUGUGGAUUUUAUGUAACUUCCAGUUAGUUGUUUCUUCAGGCUCAGUAGAGGUACUGUACAAACUUUGGCCUGUUACAAUAUCUUAGAUUGCCUUUUUCUCUUAAUAAUAUUUUUAUUUCUUCUA